AUGCCUGCUAACCUAAGCCUAAAAGAAACAGUGGAAGCCAAACUUGAACUUAAAAAGGAAGUGGAUAUACUGCGUCAAAACACACAGCAUGCAGAUAAAAUAGUAGACAAGUGUUUCACACACAUAAGAGGAGAACUGUUAAAGAGCAAAUGGAGUUCUCAGUGGCCUAUUCAUCCGUUUGAUGUGAAAGAAGAGCGGUUUGACGUUCCCGGAUGUCUAACAAGACUUCUUACGGGAAUAAUCACAGGUUAUCCAGUUCCAUCUCCCACUGUUCACGUUCAGUCGCUGGUAAAAUCCUUCAGCCAGGACAUUGUUUACGCAGUAACAAAUGGCAAGAUAAAGUCACCCAAGCAGGUUCUCUUAUCCUAUGGAGUGAAAACGCUGACCGGCAAUGUGCAGCUUAUCCAGAUUUUAAACCGUCUUGGACAUGGGGUGUCAUACUCACAGUUAGAAACUGCCCUAUGCUUAGAGAAAAUGGCAGCUGCAAUUAACGAGUCAGCAAUCCUUCCCGACACAAUUCGCCCCAAUGUGUUCACUAAUUUGGCAUGGGAUAAUGUCGAUCGCCUUCAAGAGACUCUUACAGGGUGA